AUGGCCUCUCCAAAUUGGGUGUUACUUAUAAUUCAGUUCACCAUUCUUACACAUCUUUCCGUUCUCACCAUUACCCAUGGAGAUUCUGUCUGCGGAACCCAGGGUACUUAUAAGCAAAACAGUGCAUAUCAAAAGAACCUCAACGAUACGUUAUCUUCUCUUAUCGAAUCACAUAAUGGAAAUGGUUUCUUUACUGCAUAUUCAGAUUCUUCACAAGACGAUGAUCAGAGCACCACCACUACUUAUGCCCUUGCCCUAUGCCCCGGAGACUUUGAUGUCGAGAGCUGUCUUGGAUGUGUGAAGUCUGCUACCGAACGCAUAAGACGUGAUUGCCCCAACCAAAAGAAAGCGACAGGGUGGUAUUAUGUCCUUGAGGCAGUUGGAAACUUAUUCAAAGAGUUACAGGGUAAAGCAGCUGUAGAUGGGUACUAUAGAACAUCUUACUCUGAUGCUAUCAUUUUACCAAGGUCUACGGGGAGUAUUCAAGCGACUAUGCAAUGCUUUCCGAAUAUAUCUCACGACAUAUGUCAUGAGUGUUUGAUGAACGCUACUGAUUAUCUACUAACAUGUUGUAGUGGAAAUGCUGAAGUAGUAGUUUCCUAUCGAUACUCAUGUUUCCUAAGAUACGCCAUAGAUCUUGUCAACUUUUCAGAUCCUCCAAUGCCACCAAGGAAUCCGUCUACAAUUCAAACUCCAGGGAAAAAUAAAUCAAAUGUAAUCGGCCCAGCCAUAGCAGCUGCAACAGUAGCAUUGGCAAUCUCCACCUUUUUUAUCUGGCUAUGGGUUCGUAGUAAAAAAGGGUACAAGGAAGAGGUGUUUGACGCAUUAGACGAUGACACUGGGGAGAUAAUUUACUUUAGAUUAAAUGAAAUGAAUGCUGCUACUAGCAACUUCUCAGUUGCAAAUAAACUUGGAGAAGGUGGUUUUGGUCCUGUUUUUUGGGGAGAGCUUUCGGAUGGUAAAAAGAUAGCAGUGAAAAGACUUUCCCACAACUCCAGUCAGGGAAUGCAAGAGUUCAAAACAGAAGUCAAACUAAUUAUAAAACUUCAACACAAGAAUCUUGUUAGGCUUUUGGGAUGCUGUAUGAAAGGGAAUGAAAGGCUUCUUGUCUACGAAUACAUGUCUAAUAGUAGUCUCGAUAAUUACCUUUUUGAUCCUAAAAAAGCAAAGGAACUGAACUGGGCUAAGCGUGUUAAGAUAGUAAAUGGAAUAGCAAAAGGUCUUCGGUAUCUUCAUGAAGACUCUCGCCUCAAGAUCAUACAUAGAGAUCUCAAAGCUAGCAAUGUUCUACUAGAUGAGGAGAUGAACCCAAAAAUAUCAGAUUUUGGCACUGCUAGAAUUUUUGGAACAAAUCAAAUCGAAGCUAAUACUGAUAGAGUCGUUGGGACCUAUGGAUACAUGGCUCCGGAGUAUGCAAUGGAGGGAUUGUUCUCAAUCAAAUCUGAUGUGUAUAGUUUUGGUGUUCUUCUGCUUGAAAUAAUGUCUGGGAAAAAAAACAACAGGUUGUUCCACGAAGAGCAUGAUCAAAAACUUCUCUCCUAUGCAUGGAUGUCGUGGAAAGAAGGUAAAGCAGAGCAACUGAUAGAUGAAAAUUUGAAGGAUGAUUGUCCUGUCGAUGAGGCUCUUGAAUGGAUGCGUAUUGCUCUAUUAUGCAUUCAAGAAGACCCGAAUGAUCGUCCCAUGAUGUCUUCAGUUGCCUCUAUGCUUGAAGGUGAAUGGAAAAUUGUUUCUGAGCCUAAACCUCCAAUGUCUUUUGGCCAAUUUAUAGCGUCCGAUCAUUCUUCUUCAACAUGGAAUGCUGAUGACUCUGGGUUUUAUUCAUCUAAUGAAACAACACAUGAGCACCAAGGGAAAUCUUCAGAAAGCAAUCAAAGCAUCGAUCAUGGAGGCUUGCGGUGAAUAUACAUGUUACUGAUAUGCCAUGCCAACAUCGGUUAUUAAAUUAUUAUAUAUAAACUGAGUUUACUAUUCUUUUGUUUAAAUAUUCAACGAGUGUACUUGUUGCCAUUGAAUUGAUUCAAGUAAUACACAAAUCUCUGUCCAAUACUUUUCUUGCUAGAUUCAGAUUAGCAUUUCAAUUACUGUAUUGUAAUUUUUUCAUGGUAUCAAUGUACCACUUUUGAAUGGGCGAAGCUGUUUGAUCAAUACCACAUAAUCAUUUGCACCC